CUCCACCGAGCCUGGAAGUUUCGGGGAAAAGCUGGGGAGGAAAAAGAAAAAAAAAGUUCAUGCUCUCUGUUUCCUGCCACGUCUGAAGCCCCCCUGGUUCGGACCCAGGCUGCCUGCACUUCCUCCGGAGGCUCAGGUGAAAGGAAGGAGAAAAAGAGAGAGAGAGAGAGACGAGUGCAUGAAUUCACGGUCCACGAUGCUCGCUCUGUGCCUCCUGCUCUCUCCGCAUCUUCUCCUGGUGCAGAGCGGCACCACUGAGCCACCAAAGAGCGCCGUUACCCCAGUGAGCCCCGCUCCUCCUCCUCCUCCUCCCUUGAGCGACUCGAGCUGGGCUCUGGGCGUGCGCCUGUACCGGGCCCUGCGCUCUGACCCCAGCUCCGUAAACCCGCUGUUCUCCCCGCUCCUCCUGGCCUCCUCGCUCGGGGCGCUUUCUGAAGGCUCCGGGGGCCAAACCGCCGGCCAGAUCCAAGAUCUUCUCAAGCCGCCGUCCGAGGCCAGGGAACCGUUCGGGGAACAGCUCUCCGCGGCGCUGAGGAGCUUCGUCGACGCCAACCGGACCGGCUUCCACGUGCGCUCGUCCUCCGGCGUGUUCACCAAGCAGCCGCCUGCCCUCAGCGGGGCGUUUGCCGGGCUGAGCCAGAGCAGGUUCAUGCUGCGGCUCCAGACGCUGGGGAAAGGGGACGCCGAGGCUGACCUGAAGCAGCUUGGCGACUGGGCCAAGGCUGCACUCGGCGGGGAGGAAGGAGCUCCUUUGGAGGCAGAGAUCGAGGCUGAAGCCGGGACCAUGAUCCUGGCUAACGCGCUCCGCUUCAAAGGGCUGUGGGAGAGGGAGUUGAGCGAGGAGAGCACUGAUCGCCGUACCUUCUUGGGCAAGAAAUACACCAAAGUGGUUAUGAUGCACAGAGCAGGUUUGUACCGCUUCCAUGAAGAUGUUGACAACAUGGUGCAGGUUCUGGAGGUGCCUCUGUGGGGAGGCAAGGCCAGCCUCAUGCUCCUGCUACCCUUUCAUGUGGAAAAUCUGGCCAGGCUGGACAAGCUGCUGACCCUAGAGCUGCUUUCCAAGUGGCUGAAGAGGACAGCCGUUACCAGUGCGGCCGUCUCACUGCCCAAGGCAAACAUCACAAGCGCGCUCAGUCUGCAGAGACAGCUGGCUGCUCUGGGCCUGACCGAUGCCUGGGACCAGAAGGUCGCAGACUUCUCCGGGAUGUCCGACCAGAGCAAAGGGAAGCUUCACCUCGGCGGCGUCCUCCACUGGGCUUCCUUGGAGCUUGGUCCCAAGGCCGGCAAAGGGGAAGCGGAUCUAGAGGAGGAGAACGUAGAGCAGCCCAAGAUGUUCUACGCCGACCACCCGUUUAUCAUCUUGGUCAGAGACAACGCCACCGGAGCCCUGCUGCUGAUGGGCGCUCUGGACCACGCUGAGGGAGAACUCCUACAUGAUGAAUUGUAGCAUCUCUUUUUACUUCUUGUCUUUUUUUUUUUUUUGUUCGUUUCCUCCCCGGCCCCUCUGCCUGAGACAGCUUGCUGGAUUCUGAGUGCAGUCGUUGUCAUUCACCGCGGCACACUUUCACAUCACGCUGUCAUACGCUGACACCGCCACAGUCUUUUGGCUGACUGACACCGACGCCACCGUAUCCGACAUUUACACUGUCACACAUACAGAGCUACACCUAUGCUGCAUGUAUAAAUGAUAACUCUGUACGAGACAUUACUGAAGCUGACGGAUACAGCUUAAACCUCCGACUCAGAGAAAAUCAAUGGCAUCUUUUUUUUCUUUUUGGUUUCUCUCUCUCUUCCAACAUCUGCACCCACACAGAAACUUCCAGGGACUGAUCAAGUCGACAGAGACGACAAACAAGAGCGCCGCGGAAAAAGAACCGCCUUCCUGGCAUCCAGGAGUGGUUGAGGAUUUUAACACAAACUGCCUUUGUCUGAAAAACACUAGACCCAGCACAGGGCCUUCUGAGGUUCCUCAGAGGAAGACCGGUGGCUCAUGGGAGUGUUUUUAUUGAUGAACCAGCGAAAUGCUAAUGAUGCGUUACAGCGUGUCGACAACAUGGAGAGGAUGGGGAACCUUUUAAUCUCUUAAAGCCGUUGCUGAUCUGCUGUGCCCUUAUACUACUGGCAAGAAACUUCACUGAUGUUGCGUGACUUAAAAUGUAAAAAUUUUGUGUUUGAUGAAUUCAAGAGGUCGACGAGUUAUUGAAGGGGACAGUUUUUAGAAUAAAUGAUCUAAAAUCAA